AUGGUGCACCCUACUUUUAGUCCAGUGGGAGAGAAUAUGUGGACUGGCUCAGUCAGCCAAUUUACCCCGACUCUUGCUAUCCAGAUGUGGUAUGAUGAAGUAAAAAACUAUGACUAUACAACUCAGAAAUGUACAUCAGUGUGUGGCCAUUAUACUCAGGUUGUCUGGGCAGAUAGUUACAAGGUUGGCUGUGCGGUUCAAUUUUGCCCCAAAGUUAAAGGGUUUGGCAGGCUUACCAAUGGGGCACAUUUUCUAUGCAACUAUGGACCAGCGGGAAAUUACCCAACACAUCCCUAUAAGAGGGGAGAAGCCUGUAGUGACUGCAAAGGGGAAAAAUGUGUGAAAAAUCUGUGUGAAAAUCCGAAACGUGAUGAAGUCAUAAGUAACUCUAAUUUCUAUCCAGUUUGGGAGAUAUUUGAACGCAAUCGAAAACUUUCUCUUACUCUUACUUUGGGGCCACUUUUUAUUAUUGUAUUUGGUAUAGUGGUCUCUUUGAUAAAGCAUUAUUACCCAAGGCAAGUUACUUCUGAAUAACUUAAAUCUAAAAGGAAUAAUACAGGAUAAUAUUUAUUAUCCUUAAGGAUGUUUGAACCACCAAAGACUUAAAAUUCAGAAAAGGAAAAUACAUUUCUGAAUAAUUUAAAAAAAUCUAAAAAUGGGAGAAAUUGU